CGGGGCUUCCUGGAGCCGCGGGGAAGGCAGUGUCGGAACUUGGGUCCUGCACUCAACAGUGAUGUCUAGUGCCUAGGUGCAGAAGAGACAGACGGAGACGGUGCUUACGAGCCCGGGAUUCCUCCGGAGAGAAACUGGUGCACGCUCGGGUUGCGUUGAGGACCUACUACAGAGCCUCCACCCUGCAGCAUCACCAAAGGCCCAAAAGCCCACGAGUGGAAAGGUCAUCCCGCCCGGGUCUUGGCGUCGGGGACAGUCAGCACCGCGGACGCGGAAUAACAGAGGAAGACAGAGUUCGCCGGAGCCCCUAGCUGCCAGUUCUCGUAGGCCGAGGUGGAGCGAAGGCUCCAUCCUGGGGCAGCGUCGGCCCAUCACACCGCGCUCUUCGUGUUUUGGAGAAGACCCCCUACCUCUCUCAAACUCGAGGUCCCAACACUGCAGAAGCUCAUACUGCGUCCAUUUGAAGAACGACCCCGAAAGUCAGAAAAGUUGGUAUUGGGGCGAAAUGAAGUGUUCCACCCACUCAAGCAAGUAGGGUACAUCUGUGUCAGACGCAAAUGACAUGUUUUCAACACUUUUUGAAAUUUCAAAGAAACGAGUAAGCACGUCCUCAGAAAACCGACAGGGCUUUUACUCAGGUCGUGCAAGCCUGGGGUUGCACGCUCACCCCGGUCGCCGCCCGGGGUGCAAGCUCGGCUUGUUCUAUUCAUCUAGCAGGCAGAUAACCGAGAGCUGGCCAGAAGCCUCUCACGGACGGCUCUCUGAACCACCGUGUUACAUGUAGACACAUGUGGCCCCCUUGCCCGGAUGUUUGACCUACAGCAGGAGCCGGCUACCUUCAGGUUGGAUGUGGAUGGACCCAGCCUGGGAUGGAUCCCAGGGGUCUCGACCAGGCACAGCUAGUAUCCGGGUACGGGAGCUGAGCUGGCAGGGCCUAAACAACCCCCACCCACAAAACAAGAGACUGGGCAGCCAUGGGGAUAUCCAUAGGGAGCGGUGGGUGGAGGAGCGCCUAUCCCCUGCUCGACUGCAGGCCCUGGCCCAGGUAGAUGACCUCCAACUGGUGAGGGUGCUGGAGAUGUGUGUGGACACCCGUAAGAACAGCCUGGGGAACUUCGGAUUGCACCUCCCUAACCUGAUCCAACUGAAGCUGAACCACAGCUACCUGGGCUCCCUCAGAGACCUGGGCACUUCUCUGGGCCACCUGCAGGUGCUGUGGCUGGCUCGCUGUGGCCUGACUGACUUGGAUGGCAUUGGCUCCUUCUUGGAACUGAAGGAACUUUAUGUCUCCUACAACAACAUCUCGGACCUGAGCCCACUGUGCCUGCUCGAGCAGCUGGAGGUGCUGGACCUGGAGGGCAACAAUGUGGAGGACCUGGGGCAGAUGCGGUACCUGCAGCUGUGCCCACGCUUGGCCACGCUCACACUGGAGGGGAAUCUGGUGUGCCUGAAGCCAGAUCCUGGCCCUUCCAACAAGGCGCCCCAGGGCUACAACUACAGAGCAGAGGUAAAGAAGCUCAUCCCCCAGCUGCACGUCCUCGACGAGGUGCCCACCACAUGCACCAGUGCGCCUGUGCCCCAGACGCUGAGCCAGGACUGGCUGAUGGUGAAGGAAGCCAUCAAGGAAGGCAGCGUGCUUGACAUUCUCCUCCCUCGGCUGGAUGAUCCCCAUGGAGCUACCAUUCGGAAAUUUGACCCAACCUUACCUGUGCCUGAGACCCAGCCAUGGGCCUUGUCCCUGCUGGUUCCUGGGGGCCCCUUGCCUGAAGGUCUGCUUUCUGAGAACCCAGCCACAGAUGACCAUGCCAGCAACCUCACCCAUGGUCCUGGUCAAGUUCUCUGUGGGAACCCCACCAAAGGCCUUCGGGAACGUAGAAGCCAGUACCAGGAAUGGGCACCCCUGGAACAGAUGCCCCCACAUAGGCCAGAUCUGGCCAUCAGACCUUCCACCCCAAGGCCUGACCCUGCAGAAAGCUGUGACCUGGCCAUGACUGGGCUUCGGGCCUGGAUGGAGCCUGGCCUGCGUCCUCUUCUCCAAAGACAGCUGGAGUUCCAGCAGGAAAGACCUGCUCAGGUCCAAGCCCAGGACCCACAGAAGGAUCCUGUAGAACAGGAAGACCAGACUGGACCCAAGACUUCCCUAACCCCGCCACGCCUGGUCUCAGAACUUUCCAGGACAUCAGGCUUUCACUUGAUCCCUUCUCCCCCAAAGUACCCAAUGCCACCUGAGUCAGGCAUCAGCUCCUUGGGAAGAUCUGCAGACCUGCCCUUCAGAGGACGUAGGCUUAGAGUCCUGGGCAGCUUGGGGCCUAGCCUGGGUGAGGGGUCUGUCCUGGGUGAGAGGUUGGCUGCAGUGACUGCCUUGAGAGCCCUGGAGGCGUCCUCAGGCCCCAGCCAUCGAGCCCAGGGAUGUCCAGACCCAAAGCCAGCACUAGGUCCAGCAGCUUGCCCUCCAGGGCUCCACUGCCUUCAUCACCUGAACCCUAUCCCUCCAGCCCAUUCUCUCCCUUAGUGUAACCUUCCCUUGCUGAUAUGUCUUGGCCUAGGUGGGGCCACAGUGAAGUAGGUGGAGCUGGGGCUGGACCCUUUAGAUAUCCCAGGACUCUGGGUCAUCUGUAUGGCCCAAAUUCUGAGCCUGCUUAUCCUAGGGUUCAAAAUUGCACAAGCAUCCUGGGAAGAUUUGCAGGUUUCCUUAUGUGGGGCAGUUCCUUUCUGUUGGGACACCAUAUACCCUCUGUAAAAGCCAAGCGAAUCAUUUUCAACUCUCAGGUAUGCAGAAAUGUGCUUUACUUUGUAAGCAAUGGUUGGUUCAAUAAAUUAUGAAGCUGUCACUGCC